CGAUUGGCUCCUACCCACGUUUCCGGAACUCGGUGGCCGUCGCGCGAAGGCUGAAGGGAGUGUGGCAGUCGGCUGUGUGAACCGGGAGCGCCGGCAUGCCUCGGUAUGCGCAGCUCGUCAUGGGCCCCGCGGGCAGCGGGAAGAGCACCUACUGUUCCACCAUGGUUCAGCACUGUGAAGCCCUCAACCGAUCAGUCCAGGUGGUCAACCUGGACCCGGCAGCAGAACACUUCAGCUACCCAGUGAUGGCUGACAUCCGGGAACUGAUCGAGGUGGACGAUGUGAUGGAGGACGAUUCCCUGCGGUUUGGUCCCAACGGAGGAUUGGUAUUCUGCAUGGAGUACUUCGCCAAUAACUUUGACUGGCUGGAGAACUGUCUAGGCCACGUGGAGGACGAUUACAUCCUUUUUGACUGUCCAGGUCAGAUCGAGCUCUACACCCACCUGCCUGUAAUGAAGCAGUUGGUCCAGCAGCUUGAGCAGUGGGAGUUCCGAGUGUGCGGCGUCUUCCUUGUUGACUCUCAGUUCAUGGUGGAGUCAUUCAAGUUCCUCUCUGGCAUCCUGGCGGCCCUGAGCGCCAUGGUUUCUCUAGAGAUCCCACAGAUUAACAUCAUGACGAAGAUGGACCUGCUGAGUAAGAAAGCCAAGAAGGAAAUUGAGAAGUUUCUAGAUCCAGACAUGUACUCUCUGCUAGAAGAUUCAACAGGUGACUUAAGAAGCCAAAAAUUCAAGAAGUUGACAAAAGCCAUAUGUGGUUUGGUUGACGACUACAGCAUGGUCCGCUUUCUGCCGUACGAUCAGUCAGAUGAGGAGAGCAUGAACAUCGUGCUCCAGCACAUUGACUUCGCCAUUCAGUACGGGGAGGACUUGGAGUUUAAGGAGCCGAAGGAGCAUGAAGAAGAGUCUUCCUCCAUGUUUGAUGAGUAUUUUCAAGAACGGCAGGAUGAGUGAGGUUGACUAAGAAGCCACCAUCCCGAUUGCGGCCGAGCUGUGAGGUGCUCUCCUCCUGGACGGUGUAGGAGAAGAACUUUGGGAAGCUGCUGCUUGUGCCUGUAAAGAACACUGGGCUCCAGGGCUGAGCCAGUGAGUGACCGAUCGAGUGAGCAGGCCUGGCUUGUGCUCUGAGCUCUGAAACUGCUGCUCUUCCAGGAGACUUUAUCCUGACAGUAUUGUUUGUAUUUAAAAAAAAAAAUCAAAGUAGAAAUUAAUGCACAUAGACUUGUAUAUAGUAUAAAUCAAUCUAGCCACACACAUACAUCUCUUGUGUGUAUAUGUGUGUGUGUGCUUGCGCGUGCAAUUAGAGCCAGUGGAACUUCACUUUUACAAUUGGAUUUUUAUUUUUUGAGGGGGUCUUCUUUUGACUUACUUGUUUUUGGAGAGGUACAAAUUAUUGUUACAAAAAAUAGAUAUCUACAUCAAAAUUUAAAAAAAUUAGAAGCAUAUACAUAAAUCUUAUUUUCCCAAAUCAAACAUGUAUUAUUUAUAUAAUUAAAAAUGAAAACUGUGUUUGA